AUGGCAGACAACUUUAAACCGUAUCUGGUUCGACAAAAUGAGUGCACAGUACAAUCGGACUGCCUACUAUGGGGUUGUCAUGUCAUUUUACCCCCGGCCCUGAGGAACCUUCUGCUGAAAGAACUUCAUGCAGGCCAUGCAGGAGUAGUGAGGAUGAAAGAGAUGGCCCGCAGCUACUUCUGGUGGCCUGGCAUAGAUGCAGAGAUCGAAGAGGAAGCAAGGGGUUGUCCAGAUUGCCAGAAUAUAAGAAACAUGCCACAGAUAGCCCCCUUGCACUCAUGGGACUUCCUAGAGGAGCCAUGGCAAAGAAUACAUAUCGAUUUCGCAGGACCAAUGGAGAGUCACAUGUUUCUGGUGAUUGUCGACGCUCACAGCAAAUGGCCGGAGGUAGCAGUUAUGAACAGCAUAUCUUCUGAGAAAACCAUCAAAGAGCUUAGAUCUGUGUUCAGUUGUUUUGGGAUACAACAGCAGCUUGUAAGUGAUAAUGGCCCCCAACUGGUGUCUGAAGAAUUUCAGUUCUUCCUGCGUGUGAAUGGGAUUCAACACAGUAGAUCUGCGCCUUAUCACCCAUCCACCAAUGGCCUGGCUGAACGAUUCAUCCAGACUCUGAAGAAGGCUCUAAAGAUAUAACAGGGUAAGGGUACCCUAAACCAGCGAUUGAACACUUUUCUGUUGUCUUAUAGAAACACGCCACAUGCAGUCACUAAAGUCUCUCCAGUUACAGCACAGUCACUUGUCACAACAGCGAACGCAGGUGGAGAGGCGAUGUAA